AUGGUUAAUCUAAAACGUGUUUUGAAGGAAUAUAACUGUAAACUAGAUCUAAAAACGAUUACAAACCAUGGAAAGAAAACGAAGAUUGAUGAAAGAAAAGAACAGAUAGUCUCGUCAUUACCUAUUUCUGAUGCAAUAGUUUGGCCUAGGGAUUUCCUACCUUACACAAAAUACCUGGAAAAUCAAACAGAAAGCAAUUUAGAUAGAAUAGAGCGGUGGAGGAAUGCACCAUUAAAAUUAAAAAACAAAAAGUUUGUACAAGCAUUAACCCGAAUAGACCUUGAUCUUAUUCGAGCGCUGUCUGCUGAUGAUUUAAUAAGCUUUGAUGGUCAUUCGGCCUCCAAACCAAUACUUCAUAUCCAAAACAAAAAUAAGGCACUAAUAGCAAUGUUUUCGCUGGAGUUUGAAACAAAAAGACUCUUCAAACUUCUUAAGUAUGCACUUAUCUACAAAAACUAUAACCUUAUUCAUCUCCUUGUCAGGUCCUUACAAACCAAGAAGCUGUCACAGAGGAGGCUUGAGAGGAUUCUGUAUUACAAGAAAGUACUGGAAAACGAGGAGGGUGGAAUAUUUCCACUUGCAUGGAUGCUUAAAGACUGUGAAGAUAGCAAUCUGAACAUAGACAGCGAGAUGGCGUCCCUCAGAUUCUGUAAGAUUAUUGAAAAGUUAAAAGAAAUGAAAAAUAUAGAGACAGACUUUGAGGUAAGCGAGAAGAACAAACAAACAUUGUAUUCAAAGCUGUGGGAUAUAGCUAGAAAAAACGAUAUUGAUCUUAACAUAUCAGAAAAGCGGCAUGAAUAUCUUUAUUUAAUACUCUAG